UGAAAAUAGGUUACCCAGUGCCGACCACAGGGUGAUCACGCGAUCGCCGAUCGAAAAGCAAGCAGCCACCAUGUUUCUCAGUCCAUUUCAGAUACUUCUGAACGAACUAAAUCAUGAAUUGAACGAGAAAAAUCUACAAUGUUUAAUACACAUUUGUGGAGAUCGCAUUCCAGGUGCUCAAAAGGAGCAAAUCAGCAGUGGAUGGGAAUUAUUCAGCAUUCUACGCCAACAAAACCUAAUCGGCUGCGAACCGGAAAAGAUCCGUCACUUGCUCGAGAUUAUCCAAGCAUUGAGGCCGAAAAGGAAAGAUUUAGUCCACAAAAUCAAGCAGUAUAUUCAAACACAUUAUGAGAGUGCAGAGGCAAUUUUGAAAGAUUUCGAAUCAAGUUCCGAUAGCCAUCGACCACUGCAAUUUCCGCCAUAUGGAACUCUGAGCAGACCGACCACUCCAGUGGAACAAGAAGACUGCUGUCGCUUGCAUUGUUGCGGCUGCAUUUGCAAUUACAAUCCAUCCUGUGAUCCAUGUCUCUGCUGUGGGAUUCUAGCGGUAUUAUUCUCCAUUCUGACCCUUUUCUGUAUACUGGCUUGGUACGUUGAAGUUCCUGAGGUUACGAAAUAUUUGAAAAAAAACGAGGAUUUAAGAAACAGCGGUCCCUAUGUUAUUGCUUGUUUUGGACUGUUAGUUGUUUGUAGCUUUGGAAGUAUACUGUACAUCAAGCGAAUUUGCAAUUCAAGGAAUGGAAAUACCUACUCAGUGCUCCCACAUAACUGCUACCAGGAGACAACGAGUACUCGAGCCACUUAUGCUUCAUCGGAGUGUGAAUCCGCAACUUCGCCACGACGGAUAGAUUUUACUAGACGAUGUUCCUGCAGUUCCGGCCAUUUGACACAGUAUACAGUGUCCAGUUCUCUAGCUUCCAGAACCUCAGCCCGCCUUCCACAGAUUGCAAACCAAGCUGAUACGGUUACAGAUGGUCCGCAGCCAGACCAUGUGUUUUUCAGUCAAGAUGUAGCUCUUGAAGAAGGCGAGUCGGAAGAGAUGUAAAGAUGUAUUUGCGCUGCCAUAAUGUCUUACUUGAUUGCUGAAUGUUCACAGCGCUGUUUUCUCAGGGAUCAUGUAACGCUCGAAACGAGUCGUGACAGAGUUGUGCGAAACAAGUGAAAAAGCGGGCAUCGACGGGUGCGAAGGUUCUAAGGCUUUGUUACUUUCUUUUCAUCUCAGCCCUCGCUGUGCCUGACAGUUUAUUAGAGCGCCUUACGUAGUUUCCUGUGACAGACCUGUUGUGAACAUUCUAAACUCACUCUUGCGUCUGCUUUAUUUUUAUACGUUAAGGAAAUUUUCGUGUGAAUUUAAGUACGUGGUGUGAUAUUUGUAACCACAGACAGUGUUGCUUCAGGACUGAUGGCCUACUGCACCAAACCGCCUAAGGAAGAAAAGGAAGAAAAAGAUCGGCAUAAUGCCAUCCACGAUUCCACUUUUCCAUACCCAAUACACCUCGCGCUCCCUUACCAACGCGCUGGGGACGAGGCAGCAAUUACCAUCAUCCCGCGGGCAAGGCUUACUAUUUUAAAAGCCACUGAUCAUUUUAAAAUAAAUUUGACCCUCGUGUUUCUCAGGCUGCGGCUUGUUCAAGUUAAAUUUGACUUUCCCCUUGACUUGAGUGUCUGGUGUUAACAGGAGAAUUCUUAGACUUGUAAAAAUGUUCAUAAUAUCGUCUAAGUAUUGGUUACAUUAUAAGCCUGUACUAGGAUUUUUUCGCUAGAUUUAGGAUCGGACGUUUAAUCCCCGUAAACCCAAUGCUAUGGUGUAAAGAGUGAUCCUCUAUGACCGGUUGCGUAAACGGAUUCCACAAAAUUUCUUAAGGGAAAGAUGCUACACAUUUCCUUGUAAAUUAGUUGGGAGAAUUGAUGUUAGAUCACGACGAUAACUUUUUAACUGAUAAGUUUGAGUAUUCUCAUUAACUGUUUCCCAGAUAACGCUUGUGCAUUAUGGGGAGUAACAUGUUAGUAGCAUGUUGCUCACUUCUGGGAGUGAAAGGGUU